GAAAGUUCAAGAUCAGGCUUGGCUUGAAGGUCAGUUGAAAAAUAGGGAAAGUGCCCCAGGCUGACAACACCGGGACCCUUAGGGCUGGUUCCUCAACUCAUACAGAGAGGGGAGGAGGGGAAUUGGCGGGGAGAGAAUGAGACUAGGGGCACAGAGACACAUACAGAUAUUGGUGGCCCCACCCUUUCCUUGCAGAGCCCAAGCCCGGCAUGUGGGGCUACCUGUCCCUGUUGCCUGUUUUCCUGGCCUUCUGGGCUGUCGCUAGCAUCUGGACUGUUUUUGCCAUUGCAGUGGCCAACAGGGCUGUGAACCUCACCGAGGGCAUCCCCUAUAUCAGUCUCUGUGGAUCGUACCCUCCUCAGAGCUGCAUCUUCAGCCAGUUGCUCAACAUGGGAGCUGCUAUGGCCGCCUGGGUCUGCAUUCUCCGUUACCACCAGCUCCGGGACUGGGGCGUCAGAAGGUGGCCUAACCAGCUGAUCCUGUGGUCGGGGCUCCUCUGUGCCCUGGGAACCUCCGUGGUGGGCAACUUCCAGCAAAAGAACCAGCGGGUCACACACCUGACCGGGGCCUUCUUCGCCUUUUUUGUGGGCCACCUCUACUUUUGGCUGCAGCUCCUUCUCUCCUGGAGGAUGAAAGGCCUGCCCCAGCCCGGGCCUCCCUGGAUCAGGCCACUCCGCCUGGUCCUCUGCAGCCUCUGCACCAUCCUCAUGGUGGCCAUGGUUGUCCUCCACACCUGGCCGCUGCGCUCCGCCUCUGCUGCCUGCGAGUGGGCUGUUGCCAUGCUGCUCUUCACACUCUUUGGCCUCUUGGCUGUCGACUUCUCCAGCCUGAACAGCUGCACCUUGUGUCUCCAGCCAGGCCCCAGCCUCACCUUCAGCCCACCGCCAGCCUCCCCGAUCUCUUUGCAGGCCCAGGCGCUCUGA